UCGAUACAGCUGGUUGACUCCAUUGUUGACAUGGCUGCUGUUUGAUAGAACAAUUUUACAUUUUCCACCUUCUCAUGAGAAACUCGCCAAGUUAUGUCGACCUCCAUCCGUGUCUUACAUUCUUUCCGACUGAUUAAAUAACAAAGCAAGCGAUUAAAAGCAUCGCGCAGCAAUCAGGGGAGCUGAAUCAGCUGUACCAAGAUGGCUUCGUCCCGCAAGAUCACAAUUUACGGCAACAAACCGGCUUGCGCGAGUUCGGCGCGGCUGGAGGAGCGGCGGAGGGCCGCCGCGGCCGCCCGUUCAGAGAAGGAUCGCAAGCCGGACAACAAGCCUGACGAUUUUAUCCGGUAUGAAGACAGCGAGGAAGAGGACGAAGAGUGCUCGAUGCAGGCUGUCAAGUAUUCAAACAGUUUUGUGGAUUAUUUGAACAUUAGAGAGCGUAACGGAAGCUACAACGCCAUCGAGAGACUGAGAGUGAGCUGCGAGCAUGGCACGCGACACAUGCUGACGCACGAAAUGUUCAAAGAGCACAAUAUCAAACUUGGAAACAUGAACAAAGUGUUCUGUUCGCAAUGGCUCAGUGAUCGACAAGUAGUGUUUGGUACAAAGUGCAAUAAGAUAAUGGUGUACGACGUGGUGACGCAGAAGUUGGACCAGAUCCCGUCACUGGUGGGGAGACGAGAGCAGGGCCCCGCAGACGGCCAGUGCGGCAUCCACGCGGCGCAGAUCAACCCUUCGCGGUCACUACUGGCGACCGGGGCGCGAAACUCGAGCGAGGUGGCCGUGUACAGACUGCCGACAAUGGAUCCCGUUUGCCUUGGAGAGGUAGGUGAAAAUGGAGCGCACGGAGACUGGGUGUUCGACAUGUGCUGGCUGGACGACCAGUUCCUUGUGUCGGGCUCGCGGGACACACGGAUUGCGCUGUGGCGCAUCCGCGAUGAGCUGCCAGUGAAGGAGGCCGAGGCGACUGAUGUGCCCAACUACAAGACAAUCGUUCCCGUGUCGGUGAAAGACUGCAAGUCGGCGCAAAAGGUGCGCGCAAUAACGUACAACAAGGCAUUCGAGGAGGUGGCCGCCCUCUCGCUCAAUGGCUUCAUCCACAUCUGGAACGCGCACAAUUUCAAGCAGAAGCUGUCGCGUAAACUGCCCUCGUGCCAGGAGAACGUGUGCCUCGCGGUGCAGGACACGGGCAUGUAUGCCGUUGGCUGUCGCUCCUACACCCUGCUGCUCGACCCGCGCACCCUACAGCCCAUCAAGAAGGUCCCGUCACGUUAUAGUGGCUGUGGAAUAAGAUCGGCCAGUUUUCUUGGCGACAUACUCACUAUUGGCACGGGCGUUGGCGUCCUCAUGUUCUACGAUCUGAAGGCUGGCAAGUACAUGGAGUCAAGUCUGAACCAAACUAGAACUGUGGCUCUCAAAGCGUCUAAAGGUUGGGUGUACCCUGAUGAAGAGUUUAUGGACGUAAUACAGCACAUAAAAUACACGCCUGCCAUUUACACACAUUGCUACGAUCCAUCGGGGACGAGACUGUUCACGGCCGGCGGCCCUUUGCCGGCAAAUCUGUAUGGCAACUACGCUGGUCUGUGGCAAUAAUUGUGCGUCAAUUGACUAUUCGUCAGCAAGAGAUCUGCGUUCACGUCAUUUUUGGUGUCAUUUUUAGUGAGAGACGUUGUUGCUUCCUAUCCAUGCUUUGCUAUUGUUUCAAUCUUGCCUUGGGAAGCAUGUAAUUAGUUCAAACUGCUCUCUUGCACUUUCAUUCAGACUUAUCAUUUUGAUUCGCUUGGUGAACGGUGCGUGAGUGGCAUUGCUUGUGCUCUGUACAAAUGUGCAGCUAUUCUGGAUGCAGUACAUGAGUUACAAUUUAUUCAGUAAAAGCCUGGAAGGCAGAAGAAAAAUUGUGCCCUUAAAAGGUAAAAUUUUGCUCUAAUGAGCUCUGAUAAGUACUUAAUAGUCAUCACCCCUCCUGAAGUUUUGAGUCACCCCCGUCAACAAAAUGAACAUUGCCUUUGGAAAUAUUUAAUUACGCGCAUGGCGAAGAGAGUUUUGUACCGUAUUUAUGCUCUCAAUCAAGUUCAAACUGAUUAGAGCACUGUAUUUAUUUGAAUCACUUAUUUUCGUUGAAAGAAAUGCUAAAUUAAUAUUUUGUAUAUAUAUUCCGCAUGGUAUGUAUGGAUGAAAAUAAUUUGAUGUUGAUAUGAUCCAUUUCGCUACUAUUUCACACAACGCUUUUGAUUAAAUUUCCAUUUAUACAUAUUAAACUUGUGAUCAUUGUGAGCUGAUAUCUUUGUUUUCCUAAAGCAAGAUAAUUUUCCACUUCACAAGAUUGUAUUUUUUCCUAAGCACUUAUAUUUUUUCAGUAUUAUUGUAACGUUACUCAAGCAAGAGCUUGAUUGCAUGCAUGUUCAGAAAGAUAUCUCGACUUGUAUCGCCAUAGUGCAGUGUUCAUGGGAGCAGUCUUAAAAAUAAACACCAUUUAUACGCAAAACUUAACAA